AUGGGUGGAAACGAUAUAAGCGAGCGCUCAGUGUAUGAAGAUGCUUCUGCACUUCUGAUGCUUUCAAGAGGCAAGGACUCUUCGACCAACCACACACCACUACAAGAUAUCAAGCAGCCUAUUGGCUCUCCGGGUCUUCGCUCGAGUUCGCAGGUACACUCUGAACCGCGGUCUCCGCUCACUAGCGGAGAUGUCCGCAGCAGAGCUUCAUCUAUAUCUCUGAUUCAGCACAACUCCACGGCAUCGCCCGGCCCGGCGUAUGCAACCCUCUCGGCGGAAGAUGAAGACGGACUAUCUAGCAGGAUGCAUGAAAAGACGGAAAGCCCGAGCUCGCGUUCUAACUCGAACAAAGGAAUAGUUGCUGCUGCUGCUUUGGCGGCGGCUGCUACUGUCCCGCUACCUCUAAGAAAGCAAGAUCCGGAGCAUCGAGAAAGCAAACACAAUUCAAGGAAGUCAGACCAUUCAGAGCAAAGGCCAAAACGCUCGUGGCCUGUUCCAAACUCAUACGUUGUCGAUCCGGACUCCGGAAUAAUUACCUGCAUUUGUGGCUAUGACGAUGAUGACGGCUUUACUAUUCAAUGCGACCACUGUAACAGGUGGCAGCACGCAAUAUGUCAUGGCAUCCGGAAUAUCGAAACAGCUCCUGAUGACUAUCUUUGUAGCAACUGCCAUCCCAGGAAGUUGGAUGUCAAGAGAGCUAAAAGAAAACAACAGGAAAGGCUUAAUCCUCGCAACAACAAAAAAAGGCGCAAGAGCAGCCAAGGUGAGGAAAGCAGUGGAAAGAGCAACUCUUCGCAUGCCAGUGAUUCCGCAAACACUUCGGUGAAUAAUCUAGGAGGCAAUGAGGUUGCUUCUUCUGCGGAGCUGAAACCUACUCAGAGACAUCUUAACUCUUUGGAGCAUCACCCUGUUGUUUAUGUCCCUUUGACUGCCAAUGAUUUUAAAGACAGAUACGUUGAAAUGUUUGUUGAAAGACAUUGUGAUGACGACUGGGUAUUGCCAUACAGCCAUAGGAUAUUCCAGCCAGUACCGCUGGAGGUCAAGUCUUGCUCUGAAAGCUCUCGUUCGUUCACCGGUCUGCCGAAAUUGGGUCUUUUCGCAAAACAACCUUGUACCGUCGGCUCUUAUAUUGAAGAAGUGGUUGGAGAAGUGGAUUUUACCAAGAAGUAUUAUGGUGAUUCAAGGAAUAAUUAUAGGGUGUGCGGGACCGCAAAACCAAAGGUGUUCAUUCAUCCCCACUGGCCAAUCUAUAUUGAUUGUAGAUUGUCUGGAAACCUCACCCGAUUCAUAAGAAGAGGUUGCCAGCCAAAUGUCGAGCUGGUGUCGGUCCACCUUAACGGUGACGCUCCACAGGUUAAGUUUGUGCUUCGGGCGCUUAAGGAUAUAGGAGAUGGUGACGAACUUCAAAUUGGUUGGCAGUGGGAUCUCAGGCAUCCUAUUUGGCAUCUAAUUAAGGGAGACAACAAAAGUGUGGAUUCUUUGGACGAUCCUGAUAAAUUCACGCUCGUACAUUCUGUCGAUACGAUUCUGAGCUGCGCCGAUUGCGCUUGUGGGGCCCAUAACCGAGACUGCUAUCUGCUUAAGGUCAAGAAGUUCUCACAGUCCCUGAUAAAGUCUGUCAAGUCUAAAAUGAAUGGCCGGUACAAACUCAACGAAGUCCUUCAAAAUGCGCAGAACAAAAACAAAAAGUUACAAACACCCAUCCUUUCAAGACUGGCGCAUGAGGCGAUCAGCAACGCUGCGCGUGCAAACGAACUUUUGGUUGAUUUUCAUGCUGCGAAGCUGAAGUAUCUCAAAGAAGAGGGCAUACCUGUUUCUCAGCUAAUCAGUCGGCAGCCUUCGCUUUCAGAUACUGAAAACUUUGAUCAUGCUAAGCCUUUCAAGCUCUACUUGGUGAAUAAGCACUUUACUACUCUUCGUGGUGGGGGCGAACAAGAGAACCAUCGACCCUCCAUUACUACUGGCACUUCUAAUUCGUUGAGAUACGAUGAAUCUCACAUCACAGAUCUAAAAUCUUUGCCACUACCUGUGGAACUUCAGUUACCUCGCUUAUCCUCGAUGGGCGAAAAAGCUCUUAGCAUAAGAGAAAACUCAAAUGGAGAUGUCGCGCCCGAACUGAGCACAAAGGCACCUGUCACGCCGAGCGUUGCAUUACCUGCUGUGGCGGUUGCAGCAGGCCCUGCUAUUAAUUCACGCCACACACUCAAAAAGAAGUUGAGUUUUGCAGAUUACAAGAAAAAGAUGAAGCCUAUUUAG